AUGGGAAUAAUGGAUGGACAAAGAAGGAGAUCUUCAUCACUACGAACACAAAUGUUCAAUAAACAUUUGUAUGAUAGAUAUCGUGGAAAAACAGAUGAUGAAAUAGAACUCGAAGAUAUAAAUGAAAAUAUAACAUCUUCCAGUGAUGAUAAUAACGGCAAAGAUGACAGAGAUGAGAGAGAUGAGACAAGCGGUAAUUGCGCUGCUGAAAUGGAAUACGAAGAGGAGGAAUAUAGUAGUCCAGAUAUAUCAUAUAACAUUAUCACAAGAAUACUUGAUACUAUCUUAGACCGACGGAGGACGUUCCACUCUAAAGAUGGCAGACACAUUCCAAUUAUACUAGAUCAUAACGCAGUUGAAUACAAAAAAGUUGCCACUAAAAAAGAUGGCUAUCUUAUAGAUGAAAGAUUUAACAAACCAUUCUGUGACAAUCGAAUAACUUCGUCAAGAUAUACGUUCUAUUCUUUUUUUCCUAGACAGUUGUAUGCGCAGUUUUCAAAGUUAGCCAACACUUACUUUUUCAUUGUGGCUAUAUUACAAAUGAUACCUGGAUGGUCUACAACUGGUACUUAUACCACCAUCAUCCCCUUAUGUGUAUUUAUGGGUAUAUCUAUGACGAGGGAAGCGUGGGACGAUUUUAGAAGACAUCGUUUAGAUAAGGAAGAAAACAAUAAACCAGUAGAUGUGUUGGUUAAAGAUGUAACAAAUGAUCUGCAAGAUGUAUACACACUACCGAAUAGUAUUGUAUCAUCAACGGCAUAUUUAACUAAGACUGCCAUUGCUGAAAAUGAUCUGUUACCGAACGGUGAUCACAAUUCAAGGCAAAGACGCAUCUUAGACACACAUUUCAAUAAUUUUGAACUCCUCAAGAACAAAUAUAAUGUUCAUAUUCAUCAGAAGAAGUGGGAGAAACUUAGGGUGGGAGACUUUGUGCUUCUUACUCAGGAUGAUUGGGUACCUGCAGAUUUGCUUUUACUGACAUGCGACGGGGAAAACAACGAAUGUUUCGUUGAAACAAUGGCUUUGGAUGGUGAGACAAACUUGAAAAGUAAGCAACCUCACCCAGAAUUGAAUAAACUAACCAAAGCGGCAUCAGGUCUUGCAAAUAUAAAUGCCCAAGUUACUGUGGAAGAUCCUAAUAUUGAUUUAUAUAAUUUUGAGGGUAAUCUUGAGUUAAAAAACUACCGCAAUGAUACCAUAAUGAAAUAUCCGCUAGGUCCUGAUAACGUGAUUUACCGUGGUAGUAUUUUGAGGAAUACUCAUAAUGUUGUUGGCAUGGUAAUUUUCAGUGGAGAGGAAACAAAAAUUAGAAUGAAUGCUUUGAAAAACCCGAGAACAAAGGCCCCCAAACUACAAAGAAAAAUCAAUAUGAUAAUCAUAUUUAUGGUGUUUGUUGUUGCCACUAUAUCUUUAUUUUCUUAUUUUGGACAUGUUUUGCAUAAGAAAAAGUAUAUUGACCAAAACCAGGCAUGGUAUUUAUUCCAAGCGGAUGCUGGUGUGGCGCCCACAAUAAUGUCUUUUAUCAUUAUGUAUAACACUGUUAUUCCUUUGUCCCUAUAUGUAACGAUGGAAAUUAUUAAAGUGGUCCAAAGUAAAAUGAUGGAAUGGGACAUUGACAUGUAUCACGCAGAAACGAAUACGCCAUGCGAAUCAAGGACAGCAACGAUUCUGGAGGAGUUAGGUCAGGUAUCUUAUAUUUUUAGUGAUAAAACAGGAACGCUGACAGAUAAUAAAAUGAUAUUUCGAAAAUUUGCCUUAUAUGGAUCAUCUUGGAUUCAUAAUGUGGAUCUCAACAACUCUGAGGAUAAUGCAGAAGAUAGUAUUAAAGACAAUAUGAGUUACUUGAAAUUACCACCGAAAGCUCAUAAUGGGUCUAAUAUUGAUGUUGUUUCCAUCGGAGAUCAAAACUUACUUGAUAGACUAGGACUUUCGAAGACAUCAACUGAGAGCGUGUGUCGUCCAUCCUUAGAGGAUUUUCCGAAAUCAAGAAACUCUAUUGAAUAUAAAGGAAAUUCAUCAGCAAUUUAUACAGGUCGCCCCAGUAUGCGAUCACUUUUUGGAAAAGAGAAUUCUUUUUUGAGUAAACGAGCUUCAGUCAAUUCACCUUCUGAGGCUUUUUCGGAUAAUAUCAAAAGUUCAUUUGAUUUGAUUCGAUUUAUUCAAAAGUAUCCUACUGCCCUAUUUUCUCAAAAAGCUAAAUUUUUCUUUUUAUCUUUGGCACUUUGUCACAGUUGCCUUCCCAAAAAAACUUCUGACAAAUCAGUAGAAGAAGACGCUAUAGAGUACCAGUCCUCAUCCCCAGAUGAGUUGGCACUUGUAACUGCUGCGAGAGACCUGGGUUACAUAGUAUUGAACAGAAAUGCCCAAAUUUUGACUAUUAAAACGUUUCCGGACGGAUUUGAUGGUGAAGCAAAAUUAGAGGAGUAUGAGAUUUUGAACUAUAUUGACUUUAACUCGCAGAGAAAGAGAAUGUCCGUUCUUAUACGUAUGCCGAAUCAACCGAAUCAGGUUCUUUUAAUUUGUAAAGGAGCCGAUAACGUUAUUAUGGAACGUUUGCAUGAUCACGAGUUAGCCGCAAAAAUAAUGGCAGAUAUAUGCAACAACACCAAAGAACGUAAAGAUGCGGAAGCAGAACUUGUUCUUCGACAAAGGAAAUCUCUGGAAAGAAUGGUGGAUGAGGAAGCUAUGGCCAGAACCUCCUUGAGAAAUUCUUUGUCCAGUAUACCGAGAGCAAGUUUAUCAUUGCAGGCAGUGAGAAAAAGUCUUUCAAUGAAAAAUAGUAGAUCUCGUGAUCCAGAAAAACAAAUUGACUCUAUUGAUCAAUUUCUAGAAACAGUUAAGAAAUCUGAUCAGGAGAUUGGUAACGUUGUGAAUAAAAGUAGAAAGUCUCUUCAUAAGCAACAAAUCGAGAAAUAUGGACCCCGAAUUUCGAUAGAUGAGACGCAUUCUUUGAAGAAUAAUGCGGCUAAGGGAUCAAGAAAGGAAGAGUUACAAUAUGAUUACGAUGCAGAGAUUUUAGAGUAUAUAGGAAAUGAUGAGUUAAUUUUGAAUGAGGAAUAUGUUAUCGAAAGAACUUUAGAGGCAAUUGAUGAGUUUUCAACAGAAGGUUUGAGGACUCUGGUCUAUGCUUACAAAUGGAUCGAUAUUGGACAGUACGAAAAAUGGAAUAAACGGUACCAUCAAGCCAAAACGUCUUUAACUGAUAGAAAAAUGAAAAUCGAUGAGGUCGGUGCGGAAAUCGAGGAUGGUCUAAAUAUUUUGGGAGUAACUGCAAUCGAAGACAAGUUACAAGAGGGUGUUUCAGAAGCUAUUGAGAAGAUUAGAAGAGCUGGAAUAAAAAUGUGGAUGCUGACAGGGGACAAAAGAGAAACGGCUAUAAAUAUCGGGUAUUCCUGUAUGCUCAUAAAGGAUUAUUCUACGGUAGUAAUCUUGACUACUACCGAUGAAAAUAUUAUUUCAAAGAUGAAUGCAGUUUCUCAAGAAGUUGAUUCCGGAAACAUUGCACAUUGUGUUGUCGUAAUUGAUGGCGCGACACUGGCCAUGUUUGAAGGUAAUCCUACGUACAUGUCUGUCUUUAUUGAGCUUUGUACCAAAACUGACUCUGUCAUAUGUUGUCGCGCUUCACCUUCUCAAAAAGCCCUUAUGGUUUCUAAUAUAAGAAAUACCGAUCCAAACUUAGUCACACUUGCAAUAGGCGAUGGUGCAAAUGAUAUCGCGAUGAUACAAUCUGCUGAUAUAGGCGUUGGAAUAGCUGGUAAAGAGGGUCUGCAAGCAUCGAGGGUAUCAGAUUAUUCCAUUGGUCAGUUCAGGUUCCUUUUAAAAUUAUUAUUAGUUCAUGGGCGUUAUAACUACAUCCGCACUUCCAAGUUCAUGCUUUGCACGUUUUACAAAGAAAUUACGUUUUACUUUACACAGUUAAUUUAUCAAAGAUAUACAAUGUUUUCAGGUUCCUCUUUAUAUGAGCCAUGGUCAUUAUCCAUGUUCAAUACACUAUUCACAUCAUUGCCAGUAUUGUGUAUUGGUAUGUUUGAGAAAGACCUGAAGCCAAUGACUCUGCUGACAAUCCCCGAAUUAUAUUCAUAUGGUCGUCUCUCACAGGGAUUUAAUUGGCUAAUAUUCAUGGAAUGGGUUAUCCUAGCGACUGCAAAUUCCCUUAUUAUUACAUUUUUAAAUGUUGUAAUGUGGGGUACAAGUUCUCUUUCCGAUAACACUAUGUAUCCUUUGGGGAUCAUCAACUUCACAGCUAUUGUUGCGUUAAUCAACGUUAAAUCGCAAUUCGUUGAAAUGCACAAUAGGAAUUGGUUGGCGUUUACUUCUGUUGUUUUAUCCUGUGGAGGCUGGUUGGUGUGGUGUUGUGCGCUCCCUGUUCUGAAUAAAACAGAUCAAAUAUAUGACGUGGCAUAUGGAUUCUACAACCAAUUUGGUAAAGAUAUUACAUUUUGGUGUACAAGUUUGGUACUGGCUUUGUUACCCAUUACUUUGGAUAUAGUAUACAAAACAUUCAAAGUCAUGAUAUGGCCAUCGGAUUCUGAUAUUUUUGCAGAACUAGAACAAAAAAGUGAUAUCAGAAAGAAGCUGGAGUUAGGAGCUUACAGUGAAAUGAGACAAGGAUGGACAUGGGACAAAGAUCCUAGCGCUUUCACACGCUACACAGAUAAAGUCCUUUCAAGAACAAGAACUAAUUCACGAGCGAGUACAAAAACGCAUAACAAUAGCAUAAACUCGGUGGAAAAUGAGAGUAAAGACUAUGUGCCGAAGAAAAAUGCAUUCCAAGAUCCCUUCAAGAAGAGUUCUGAACGAUAUGAAAUAUUGCCCAGUGGUAAGUUAAUCAGGCGACCACUCUUGAAAUCACAAAGUAGUAAAGAAAGUGUCAGUGAUAAUAUAACUACUAAAAUCAAGAAGAAACUCACGCUUCCGUCAAGAAAUUCUGAAGAGGAAGACAUAAACCAGAUUAUUCAAGCAAGAUUGAAGGACCUGGAGUAG